GUGACUGUGUUUCUGGGUCCGACUGAGUGGUUGACGCGUCCGUUCUGUCAGAAACCGGCCGGUGAGUUAAGAGAAAGGGUUUUAUGUUCCGCAUUUUCUUGGAGUUUAAAGGGUGCGUGAAAUGUCUGUGUAUUGCGGUCGUUGGGGGUGGGUUUUUGUUUUGUUUUCUGGGGGGUGCAAAGCAGCCUUCAGUACUGCCUACGGAGACAUUGUGGCAGCCAUAGUCACAGCAACCUAUUCCUUCUUCUGCCACCGCCUAUAACAGGCAGCUAGGCCUCGUAACCAUAGAAACUUUCAGAAAGUGCCAACACUCCCUGCCUAGAGAUUUUUCAACACGACGCCCAAUUCCAGCUAAUGAGCUCGUUCCGCUUAGCUCAUGCAGCAGCCCUUGAUUGGACCGCGACACCGGUAGGACGGCCCAAUGAGGCUCGAGGACGGCCGAGAGGAAAGAGAAGGGGAGGGGAAGGAAAGCGACACAACCAAGCCCGACGGAGCGGUGCGCGACGGGGCCUAACGUCAGGGACGUAGCGGACCUAUCGGCUCCGGCCAGCUUAGUGGCAAGCGACCAAUCGGGAGGCUCCAGCGAGAGAAAAUGGGCCAAUAGUGGGACUGCACGCAAGGCCACGGGAAGGUAUAUAAGAGCCGAGGGGGACAUAUGGGCCAAACCGGUGAACUUUGAGUGAGAAAAUCAGAAUUCGGAUUGUUGCGUUUGUCGGAUAGUGCGUGAGGUGACCGCGAGGUCCUGUUACCUAAUACAGGUAAGGCUUGGGGCGGCCUAGUUCUUGAGCGGAGGAAGAGGCGGGGGCCGGGGCCUAACGAGAAGGGGAGGGCGGCUUCUCCAAAUCUAUCGGGCCUUGCGGGGUCCCCCUUGCCCUCAUAAUGCCACUUCGUUCUCAUUUACUCAGGUUCCCAUUGAGAAAAAUCCUAUUGCGGCUCUCGGUCCAAAGCGCGCGCCAUUUUUAUUCGCAUUUCCUGCCAGAUCCAUAUUCUCCCUUGGUGGUGGUGGUUGGGUGGCGAUUGCAGUGAUUACAGUAUUUGGUAUGCAUGCAUGAAUAAAAGGGGUUUGUAUCGCAGAAUAGGAACAGAUGUUUGUGUGGGGUAUUCUUUUUCGUUCCCCCUUGCUCCUUACCUGGGAGAGGGGAUUUUUUUGCAAAAAGCAGAACUUGCUAGAUGUUUCUAUAUGGUGUUGGUUUUGUAUAUUGAUAACCUUUACCGGUUUGGGGUAAAUGGUAAUAGCUGGGUUUCUGGUGACGGGGACAGCGACUACUCCCUUCUCCCACUUCACCUUAUGAGAAUGGUGAAGGCAAAACAGCUGUGGUUGCAGUGAACAACGUUAAUUAUUUGAUUUGAGGCUACUCGUUUUACAGUGACUCCAUAUACCAAAAAAAUGGGGAGGGGGGAGCAGCCUAUCUCUGGCACUGGAUUACAUACUUACUCUUUGCCUUUAAUGUUGGGGUUGUCUGAACUAAAGUUAAGAGGUUGGUAGCCUUUUUUUUGAUGUUAGGUUUUGCAGCUUUUACAUACUGCCUUUCCACAUUAUUUUUCUCGAUGGAUGCCUGUAGAAUUUAGCAGUGUGUGUGGGUUCACAUUCAUGUUUAAGUAUCAUGAGAGCUACAUAUUUUCUUAACCCCUUUGCGGCCUUUUCCUUGAACAGAAAUUUUCCUGGACCUCCUUUGUAUAGGAUUUGGGGUGGGGUGUUUUCUUUGAGCUGCCUGCAUGUUUGCAGGCUGUGGGUCUUGGUAGCCUCUAGUCCUGAUUGGCCCUCCCAGCCUUUGCUAAGGAUGUGUGGGACCAGUAAUGCUUACUCUGUAAAUCUGCCCCCAUUUCCGUUAAACGGGCAUCAUGGUAUUGUCUUUUUGCUCAUAGUAUUGCCACUGAUGGUUGAUUUUACUUAUUACAGGGUUUUUUCUCUCUCUGAUUGUGAAUAUUUGGUACAAGGGCAGAAUGAAGUAUGCCCUUGUCUGCCUGUUGCUCAUUGGCAGUGUAUUUGCUGCUGAUGACGACGACAAAAAGGAGGAUGUGGGGACUGUGGUUGGCAUUGAUCUGGGAACCACAUAUUCCUGGUAAGUAAAAGAAGGGUGCCUAUUUGAUUGACUGGCUUCUGGGUGUCUUGAAUAGCUUAUGGCCACUGCACCAAAAUAUGGCCAAGAUUCUGCACUAGUGUAUGCAAACUAAUUGUACUGUAUUACUAUUUUAAUGCACUUGGUACAAGUCAAGGGAGUAAUAAUACAAUAUCUAUUCAACUCAAACUAUUUUGUUUUAGUGUAGUCUUACAACUAAAAGCUUGAGUACUGGCCAGAAACAUUAGUAUUAGGCUGCCCAGAGGAUACAACUAGCUUGCUUGCUGCACCUCAUCAUAGGGAUCAGAUUUUUUGCUUGAUGUGCUUGAUUUUCUCCUGUUUGUUGUUGGUUUUGUGUGAAUUCUGUUUUUGUUGGUGGUGGUCAUUUUUCCUUGGUUGUGUUAAUGCAUAUUAAUGUACUGUAUUUUAGGUGUAUUAUAUUUUGUGAACCACCCAGAAUAAUAAUAAUAUAAUAAUGAGUGGCUUCCAACAGAAUAUUAAAAUACAAUAAUCUAUUAAACAUUAAAAGCUUCCCUAAACAGGGCUGCCUUCAGAUGUCUUCUAAAAGUCUGGUAAUUGUUUUUCUCUUUGACAUCUGGUGGGCGAGCGUUUCACAGGGCGGGUGCCACUACCGAGAAGGCCCUAUGCCUGGUUCCCUGUAACUUGGCUUCUUGCAGCGAGGGAAUCGCCAGAAGGCCUUUGGCGCUAGACUUCAGCGUCCGGGCAGAACGAUGGGGGUGGAGACACUCCUUCAGGUAUACUGGGCUGAGGCCAUUUAGAUGUUUAAAGUUCAGCACCAACACUUUGAAUUGUGCUCGGAAAUGUAAUGGGAGCCAGUGUAGGUCUUUCAAGGUCGGUGUUAUGUGGUCUUGGCCGCUCCCAGUCACCAGUCUAGCUGCCAAAUUCUGGAUUAGUUGUAGUUUCCGGGUCACCUUCAAAAGUAGCCCCACGUAGAGCACAUUGCAGUAGUCCAAGCGAGAGAUAACUAGAGCAUGUACCACUCUGGCGAGACAGUCUGCGGGCAGGUGGGGUCUCAGCCUGUGUACCAGAUGGAGCUGGUAGACAGUUGCCCUGGACACAGAAUUGACCUGCACCUCCAUGGACAGCUGUGAGUCUACCUCUUCCCGAAUCUGAGCGACUUUAUCUGCAAAAAAUCAUUGCAGGAAAUCAUGUGGCCCGUACUGGUCCCUGAUGUAGCAGGUGGUUCUGCUAAAUUGCGAACUGCCUUAAAGAGCCUCCUGCUGCUGUUUUCUGCAGAUGCAAUAGAGGUGGUGAAGAAAGUCUUCUUCGCCAUUGCUACCACCACUUGGUAGACUCGACAUUGAGCUCUAACCCAUGUCCGGUCAGCUUCAGAAUGAGUUAUACGCCACCGGCGCUCUAGCCGUCUCAGCAAUUGUUUCAUUGCCCUCAGAUCCGUGGAAAACCACGGGGUUGUCCAGGCUCCAUGCAGUCGGAGAGUGCGCUUCGGAGCCAGACAGUUGAUAGCCCUGGCUAACGCCACAUUCCAGCGGGCCACCAGGGAAACUGAUGAAAGGCCAUCAGCAUGGGAUAAAGCAUCCCCUACCACUCUCUGGAAACCAUUUUGAUCUAUUAAGUGGUGGGGGCAGACCAUCCAAAUCGGUCCUACCUCCCUGCAGAGGGGAAGGGUCGCGGAGAAGUCUAGUUUCACCAGGAAGUGAUCUGACCAUGGCAUUUCUUUAGUUUUGCUUUUACUAUUUAAAGAAGCCUUUAAAUAAUACAUAUAUUUUAAAAAGUAACUUCCAUUCUCUUUUACAGUGUUGGUGUUUUCAAGAAUGGGCGUGUGGAGAUAAUUGCUAAUGACCAGGGUAACAGAAUCACACCCUCCUAUGUGGCCUUCACACCAGAGGGGGAACGUCUUAUAGGUGAUGCAGCAAAGAACCAGCUGACUUCAAACCCUGAGAAUACUGUAUUUGAUGCCAAGCGCCUCAUUGGUAGAACAUGGAAUGAUCCUUCUGUGCAGCAGGAUAUAAAAUACCUACCUUUCAAGGUACUCAUUUUGUGCCUUUUAUGUUAUGGUACAGUAGUACCUCAGGUUACAGACUCUGCUAACCCAGAAAUAGUGCUUCAGGUUAAGAACUUUGCUUCAGGAUGAGAACAGAAAUCGUGCUCUGGCGGCAGCAGGAGGCCCCAUUAGCUAAAGUGGUGCUUCAGGUUAAGUACAGACCUCAGGAAUGAAUUAAGUACUUAACCUGAGGUACCACUGUAUAUAUAAAGUACAUUGAACACCUUUUGGUGUGAAAUUUGAACCCAGCCUGUCCCCAGCCCUAGCACUUUCCUAGAGACACUAGGUUACUAAGCUAUGUAUGAAGUGUUUUUCCAGUCCACACAACUUAUAGCUCUGCUUUCACUCUGCUCAAGAUACCAGCAUCAAAGCAUGGGUUAUUCUGCAUCUGGCAACCUGAUGGGCAGGUUGUUUGGUCCUGCCGCAUCCUCAAUGGAACCUCUUUAAGUCCCCCACAAGAUUAAUAUUGUAGAUGUGGUGCUUUUGGUUUUUAACCAUGUCCACUUGUACCUGUCUUUACAGGUCAUUGAAAAGAAGUCCAAGCCCCAUAUUCAGGUUGAUAUUGGAGGUGGCCAAAUGAAGACCUUUGCCCCAGAAGAAAUUUCAGCAAUGGUUCUGACUAAAAUGAAGGAGACUGCUGAGGCCUACUUGGGAAAGAAGGUAAGAUGUUGUUUCAGCUGAAGCACACAAGCAAAAAGAAUAGGCACUGAGGGGAGCCUUUGUGAAUCUACCAUGUAUGGAGACUGGCCAGUGGUUGGUCUAAUCCUUUACUGCUUACUCUAGUUAGCAGCAGGUCUCAGAUGCCUUUCUGAUCUAGAGAUAAUUCUAAACUGGAUUGAACAUGUACUAUUCUGCAUGCAGUUUAAGUGAGCUUUAAUGCCUCCUAACAGGCCUGGCUGCUUGUACAUGAGGAGUCCAUGCCUUCUGGGUUCCCUGGGACAUAAAAUGGAUGGGGGUGGUAGAACUGUUCUCCAAGCUGAGGCAGCCAAUCUGUAGCCUUCUGGAUCUGUUUGAAUUCCAAUUUCCAAUAUCCCUGACAGUUGACAAUGCUGGAUGGGGCUGAUGAGAGCCCAGCAGCAUCUAGAGGGCAACAGGCAAUCCACUCUACGUAGUCUUGAAAGGUGCAUUCUAGACAAUCGGGCUCCCUCCCCCCCCCCCCCAAAACUGUAUUAGAUGUUAAUUUGGAAACAGCAAUCCAAAUUAUUCUCAUUCUUCUCCAGGUCACCCAUGCUGUUGUCACUGUGCCAGCUUACUUCAACGAUGCCCAGCGUCAGGCUACAAAGGAUGCUGGUACUAUUGCAGGGCUGAAUGUCAUGAGAAUAAUCAAUGAGCCGUAAGUAGGGUUUUAAUAGUCUUCUGCCAGUAUUUGGGAUUUAUGUGGGCUUUUCUCACAUUUACCAAACUAACGAGUUGCUCUUACAGGACUGCUGCUGCUAUUGCUUAUGGCCUAGACAAGAGGGAGGGCGAGAAGAACAUCCUUGUCUUUGACUUGGGUGGUGGAACCUUUGAUGUCUCCCUCCUCACAAUUGAUAAUGGUGUCUUUGAAGUUGUGGCAACCAAUGGAGACACUCACCUGGGUGGGGAAGACUUUGACCAGCGUGUAAUGGAACAUUUCAUCAAGCUCUACAAGAAGAAAACUGGAAAGGAUGUUCGGAAGGACAACAGAGCUGUUCAGAAGCUUCGUCGAGAAGUUGAAAAAGCCAAAAGAGCGCUUUCUUCUCAACACCAAUCUAGAAUUGAGAUUGAAUCUUUCUUUGAAGGAGAAGACUUCUCUGAAACCUUGACAAGAGCAAAAUUUGAAGAACUGAACAUGGUAGGUAUCUUGAAUUUUUAAAUGGGUAAUUGCAGUGAUUGCUGUACACAAAACAUAAAAGUGGGAGAGAAGUAAUAAUAAUAAUUAAUUAAUAAUAAUAAGUUUAUUAUUUGUACCCCGCCCAUCUGGCUGGGUUUCCCCAGCCACUCUGGGCGGCUUCCAACAAAGAUUAAAAAUACAUUCAAAUGUCGCACAUUAAAAACUUCCCUGAACAGGGAAGUUUAGAUGUCUUUUAAAUGUUAGGUAGUUGUUUAUCUCUUUGACAUCUGAUGGGAGGGUGUCCCACAGGGUGGGCGCCACUACCGAGAAGACCCUCUGCCUGGUUCCCUGUAGCUUGGCUUCUCACAAUGAGGGAACCACCAGAAGGCCCUCGGCGCUGGACCUCAGCGUCCGGGCAGAAUGAUGGGGGUGGAGACGCUCCUUCAGGUAUACUGGGCCAAUUAUAGUAACAUGUAGUACAUGCGUGUCAUGGGGAAAAUAAAGUGGUGCCCUCCUGUGUGAAAUGUUAUCCCACUCCCAAGACACUAUGCUGGUCAAACUGCACCAACAGCAGAGAAUAAAUUGGUUCCCUAAUGGCUUGAGUCAAAAUUGCUUGUCCUCUAAAAGAUAGCAGUGACUGAUCUUUGUGGAUUCUUCUGUUAAAGACAAAUGAGAUGUUACGAGUAGGCCCAUCUGAUCUCAAAUAUCAUCACACAUGGGUAUCUUGGGGGCAGGAUGUAUCUGAUAAUUUGGUGACUAUCAUCUUGUGGCCUUGUUCUGUGAUUGCCUUUCCACAUCAAUUAAGGGAUUUUAAAUUCUGCUCGUAGGAUCUCUUCCGUUCCACCAUGAAACCUGUCCAGAAAGUCCUAGAGGAUGCAGACCUAAAGAAGUCUGACAUUGAUGAAAUUGUGCUUGUUGGUGGCUCUACUCGCAUCCCCAAGAUACAGCAGCUUGUGAAAGAAUUUUUCAAUGGCAAGGAACCCUCCCGUGGAAUCAACCCUGAUGAAGCUGUAGCUUAUGGUGCUGCUGUGCAGGCUGGCGUACUCUCUGGGGAUCAAGAUACUGGUAAGUCUGAGUGACUUAAAUGCUGCAUUAGGUGUUGGGCAGAGUAGCCUGUACAAGUGAAAAGCUUCCAGUCAGCCUCAUAACUGUUUGGAAUGGAAGAUCUUUGUCUUUGCUGGCUGUCAAGUUUGUCUCUACAGCUAGAUAAAUUAUGGUGAUGCUUCAUCACUUAAAACCUCCUUUUCAUUCUUAGGGGAUCUGGUGCUGCUUGAUGUGUGUCCUCUGACCUUGGGCAUUGAGACUGUUGGUGGAGUAAUGACCAAACUUAUCCCAAGGAACACUGUUGUCCCCACCAAGAAAUCACAGAUCUUCUCCACAGCUUCAGAUAACCAGCCAACUGUGACAAUUAAGGUUUAUGAAGGUAAGUGGCCGACCAACAUCAUUUGGCUUGGAAACUUUUAGAGUAUUUUGUCUUCUGGGCAUUAAAGAGUAAAAGGUGAAUCCAGCACGGCUUAAUUUUGCAAUGCAUGUUUCCACAUUUGUGAGGUUCCUUAACAUGCUUUGAGUAUCACUAGCUGUUGAUUAUUAAUAGAAACACAAGUGAGAUGCCUUUUUAAAAAUAACCUUGUACUUGCAUGAUUACCAGAGUAUAAUCUGAGUGAUUUCAUGUGAAAUGAAAUCCCCCCCCCCCCCCCGUAGGAGAACGUCCUCUUACAAAGGACAAUCAUCUCUUGGGAACUUUCGAUCUGACUGGAAUCCCUCCUGCUCCCCGUGGCGUCCCUCAGAUUGAAGUUACCUUUGAAAUAGAUGUGAAUGGAAUCCUUCGUGUUACGGCUGAGGACAAGGGCACAGGCAACAAAAAUAAGAUCACUAUCACCAAUGACCAGAAUCGUCUUACUCCAGAAGAAAUUGAGAGGAUGGUCAAUGAUGCAGAGAAGUUUGCUGAGGAAGACCAAAAGCUGAAAGAGCGGAUCGAUGCUAGGAAUGAGCUGGAAAGUUAUGCCUACUCACUGAAAAACCAGAUUGGAGAUAAGGAGAAGCUCAGUGGCAAGUUGUCAUCUGAAGACAAAGAAACAAUAGAGAAGGCUGUAGAGGAAAAGAUUGAGUGGCUAGAGAGUCACCAAGAUAGUGAUAUCGAGGAAUUCAAAGCCCAAAAGAAGGAACUGGAAGAGGUGGUGCAACCAAUUGUGGGCAGGUUGUAUGGUAGUGCAGGCCCACCCCCUACUGAGGAAGAAGCAGCAGGAGGAGAUAAGGAUGAAUUGUAGACCUCAGUUUCCUAGAUGUUGGUGCUGUAAAUAUUGGACUUUGAACUUUUGUUUAAACUAUUUGAACUCUAGAUUUGGAAUGUGACCAGAAUCUUCACAUUGAGUGGAGUUGGAAAUGCUAGCCCAAAAGUGGCUGUAUACUGCUUUUCAUUAGCAGUUGAUAAAUGUCCAGCAGGGGGGUGGGCAACCUGACAAGGGGAACGGGUGAAGUAUUGAAACCAUUCUAUUUAACAAGUUGGGUUGUGUGUGUUAUGUGGAGAACUUUUCUACCCUCCAAGUGACAACAAUAAAUUUGUUACUUACACU